AAAGGCGCUGAAGGCAGCGCUUUUCUAAAACAAGAAGUCGAGUGUGAACACGGCCUUAUUGUCUUCUGAAAGUCUACCAAACCAAACUGAAAGGGAUACAUCUCCUGGAAUAUAUUCAGAGACAGUUUUUGUGUCAGGUGUGACUGCUGUGGAUGGAGUCACAAGGCAGGAUCUGCAAACACUGCCGACAGAUGCGUCACAGAGUGUCUCUCCAGACCCCUUGCUUCUAGCAGAGAUGCCACAAACUGUUAUAUCUGUGUCUGAAAGUGUUUCUCCUCUCUACACUGUGGAGAGAGAAGAGACAGCAGCCCAAGAACAAUCUGUUGAAGAAGCUCUCAUUGCCGCUGCUGCUGGAGUAUCAGUAUUACCAGCUGAAUGCUCAGGCACUGACAGAGAUGAAAGUACUGAAACAGCUGAUGUCGUCACAACGGAAAAUACUCCUCACAAGUCAUUUGAAGAAAGUGUGGUUAGUGUGACUCCUGUCCGAAGUCCCAUUCAGAUGAACAUGAAUGAGAUUGCUGAUGCAGAUGAUUUGAAUCUGGUCAAGGAAAUGCCAGAAUCUCUGGCAGAUAACUCUGAACUGUCACCUCUCGCACAAGUACACCCUGAGGAGAUGUUAGGCUUUCCAAGUGAUCAGACAAGCGCUGCUGGUGGGGAGUGUCCAAACACAACAGACAUUGGGUUUAUAACAUCUGGCGGUAUACCCUGUCAGGAAGAGAGUUUGACAGAAACAGUGAAGACAACAGAAAUGGGGACAACCUCAAAAGUUUCUUCAGAGACAUCAGAGAUAUCUCAGACUGUUACAUCUGUAUUUGAGAAGGUUUCCCCUCUCUGCACUGUGGACGGAGGGGGGAUAGCAGCGCAAGAACCAUCUGUUGAAGAAAUUCUCAAUGCUGCUGCUGCUGUUUUGGUUGCUGCUGCUGCUGCUGCUGCAGUAGAAUCAGUGAUGCCCCCUGAAUGCUCAGGAAGUGACAAUGCUGAAUGUCUUGAAACAGUGCAGAAUGUUCUCAAGGAGGACAUGGGGUCUGUGCUAUCAAAACACUCAGGAGUCAACCUAGAUGCAAAGUCUGCAUCAGAGCCUGUAGACAAUAUGACCCCUAUCAAAAGUCCUAUUCAGGAGAACAUGAGUGAGACUGCUGAUGCCGAUGAUUUGGUCGAGGGGAUGCCUGAGUCUCUAGCAGACUACUCUGAACCGUCACCUUUCAGACAAGAGCAACCUGAGGAGACAGCAGACUCAUCCGAUGAGCACAUUGUUCUGACAAGCCCUGCUGAUGAGGAUGGUCCUAAAGUAACCUACACUGAAUGCAUCACAUGUGACGGAGAAGAAGCAGAGACGGCACUACAAGAACCAUCUGGUGAAGAUGCUCUUGGUGCUGUGGAAUCGCUGUUGGUUACUGUUGCAGAGGUACCUCAGACUGACACAUUGGAGGUAGACUGGACACUGGACACUGGACUGAACAGAGAAGAGGCAAAAGCUCAACAGCCAUCUGGUGAUGGAGCUCUUAGUGUCUCACCUGUUGUCAAUAAGGAGACGGAAUCACCUGUGGUCAAUGAGGAGACGGAUUCACCUGAGAAGGGAAGCUUCGUGUUAAAUCGUCCAUUUGAAUCCUCUGAAACUGAAACUUUUGAAAAGCUUGGAAUAGCAGAGAUUGUCGUCCCCCAGGACAUGGGGCUAGUUUCAGUAGGAUGUUCGAGAGACAUCACAGAAGGGUCUCUGUGUCAGUCAGCAGGAGACAGCAUAGACCACAGAGAGUCUUCUCCAACUGGGCCCAGUCUGAAGGCUACGAAUGAGAUCAUUGAGACAGACUAUCUGAGUUUGGUCACGGAGGCAUCUGAUCACGUGUCAGACAUCUUAGAACCAUCCCCUCUCAGAAAAGGUCUCUCUGAGGAGAGAAUGACUUCAGAGCUUUCAGUCGAUACACCUGCUCAGGUAUUCACUGCUAGUGAGGAAUAUCCAGGCGAAGUGGUCACCAUCUGUACAGGCCAUAUACCAUCCGCUAGAAUUCCCACUCAGGAAGAGGAUGUGAGUAUAUCAAGAGGAACAACAGACAGGGGGGCAUCCCCAAUCUUUUCCCCAAACACCUCUUCUGUGUCAGGUUGUGUGCAUGUCAGCACUCAGGUAUCAGACAUGAGUGUGGUGGUGACAGCCAGUGACACGCAGGGAAAUCAGAGCCCUGCCUCAAGCAACCAUCUCCCUGGGCCUCCCUGCUCUGCUGAGGAGCAGCAACAACACACUCCGGAUUCUGUGGCUGAAAGGGGAACUUUGACCCCAUUCAAUUCUCCUGUCCUCAAAGGCUCGGUCAAUCAGAUGUGGACUUUAUACGAUCUACACCACAGCAGUGAUGAGGGCACAUUUUGCACCAAUAUCCUGUCCCAGCCACCUUUCAAUGGCAGCGCUUACAUUCACGCCUUUGGGCCUGGCCAUGUUCUACUGGCUGAGAGGUCUCCUCAACACUCUCGUCUUGACCUACAUCAGGCAUCAGAAGGGCUUGUAGAGGGGACGACCCAGGCUUCUGACCUACAUCGACACAGAGCCCAAGACGUGGCCCCCACCACUGAGGCCGCUUGCUCAGUUCACCCUUCAGCAUCGCUCCGUGACACAGGCACUCAGGAAAUCAUCCUCCCCAAUUACCUGUUGUGCGUCGAUGACAAGCAGGCGACGCCUCUCAUGGGGGCCCCCGGGGGCCCCGCUCAGUCGGUGAGGGUGAGACGAGAUGACGCCUCGGGGCUCCUGUCCCUCACCUUCCCCUCGGCCGUCCUUGGUGGUGCUCAGAGGAGGGGUGGUCAGUCCCAGUUUAUGCAGAUCAGCACCGAUCAGGGCCACAGCGUCUACUCGCCCGCUGUGCUUCGGAUCGUCACAAACCCUGCUGACCAAAACUAAAUACAGAUUCAC